AAACUUGGGUCUAUGGGGAAGAAGGUGCUUGGCAUAUGCUUUGGGCAUCAAGUUUUGUGCCAAGCAUUGGGUGGCAAGGUUGAGAGAGCUUGUGGUGGAUGGGAUCUUGGAUUGAGAAAAGUCAACAUGGUGGAAGACUUACCUCCUUAUGGCUUCUUUGAUAGUUUACAGGAAAUUCCAUCCACCAUCACCAUCAUUGAGUGUCAUCAAGAUGAGGUGAGAGAGGUCCCCAUGGGUGCCAAGGUCAUUGCCUUCUCUGACCAGACAGGAGUGGAGAUGUUUAUUUUUUACCAUCACAUAUUAGGCAUUCAGGGCCACCCUGAAUAUACAAAAAACAUCUUAUGUAGUAUCAUUGAUCGUCUUGCUAAUAGUAACUUGAUAAAUUUAAGAUGA